AUGAAUGUGAUUUUUAUAAUACUGUUAAUUAUAAACUCAUGUGUUGCAACUAAAUUUAUAACUUCGGAGGAACUCCAAAAAAUAUUUAUUAAAGCAGUAAAAAACGAAACAACAAACAAUGAAUGGAACACGAUUCAAGAUGUUUUCGAAAUAUACAGACCAGCUUCCAUUGCUCUUAAAAUGCAGUAUGAAACAAAUAGUAGAUCGGAUAUAACUUGCUUAAUUUGUAGCAGCGCGUUCGCUGCAUUAAGAGAUUUGGUUCAUGAAGGGAAUACGGAUGAAAUGCUUAUAGAAGCAUUGACAAUUCUGUGUAUAGCUUUAGCGAAUGUCAGUGAAAAAACCUGCUCUGGAGUUAUUCCAUUAAACAUACCAAUACUAACAUAUAUAAUAAGGACCACGCCAGAGGCCGCGCCUAGAACAUUCUGUGGCCUUGUAUUACAAAAUGGCGGUAAUCCCAACACCUGUACGUUUGAUGAUCCUAGAUUUGAAUGGACAAUAGAUUUACCGGAAUUUAAUCCAAUUAAAGUUGAUACAAUUACCACCAAAAGCAAUGAUCCAUUGACAAUAGCUCUCAUCACCGACGCUCACAUCGAUCCCUUGUAUGAGCCUUAUGGCGUUGCUAAUUGUAACGAGCCAACUUGCUGUAGAAAAGGACAAACUCCACGAUCUCAUGAAUAUGACAUUGAUGUAGCAGAUUCAGUAUUUAAGGAUCGCAUAUUUGAAAUAGGAAAUGAUUAUAUAUUGGAUUUAGAUUUAGCAAACGAUAUUAGAAACUUAUCACUUGUAACAAGAAGUACCAGAAAUUCAGCACCUGCUGGGUAUUGGGGAGAUUACAGGAAUUGCAAUUCGCCUUAUUGGGCUUAUGAUGACGUCAUUGAAACAAUGGCUAAACAUAAGGAUAUAAAUGUUGUAUAUUACAUAGGAGACAGUAUCGACCACCACGUGUGGGAAACAACGUACGAACGAAUAGAUGAAGUUAACUUACACAUUAUUAACAAGAUGAGAAAAGAAUUCGGUGAUAAUGUUUUAAUCGUACCUUCCAUUGGAAAUCAUGAAUCUCAGCCUACGAACCAAUUUGCACCAAGUUCAGUCAAAGGCGACAAAGUUAAUACAACUUGGUUGUAUGAAUCUUUAGCUAGGAAAUGGGACUUUUACUUAACAGAAGACGCAAAAGCUACUGUCCGUGAACACGGUGGCAUAUCUAUGCUCGUCAGACCUGGAUUACGAGUUAUUUCUAUUAAUAAUAAUAUUCCUUAUAAAUCUAAUUGGUGGGUUGUCUACGAUCCCUUAGAAUCUAAAAGGCAUUUGGAAUGGCUCGUUCACGAGUUACAUAAAGCUGAAUUAGCUGGUGAAAGCGUCCAUAUUCUGGCUCACAUUCCGCCUGGAGUUCACGACCUCAUAUAUACAUGGUCAAGAGAAUAUAACAGAGUCGUUACUCGUUUCUCGUCAACUAUCAAGGGACAGUUCAGCGGUCACACACAUUCCGACGAAUACAAGAUAUUUUACAGUACAGAAGAUGGGUCACCUAUCAACAUGGUGUGGGGGGCCGGCAGCACGACCGCUUAUACGUUCUACAAUGUUAACUAUAAGAUAGCUACAUUCAACACAACCACCUUUGAACCAAGUAAUAUUGUGAACUACGUAUACAAUCUUACGGAAGCGAACCUUGCACCACACAGGAGACCACACUGGUUCCAACUUUACGAUAUGAAAAACACAUUUGCAAUCAACGACCUCUCACCUGCUACUAUGAAUGAUUUGACUUAUAAAAUGGUGACGAAUAAUUUGUUAGCCUUAGAUAUGUAUGCAGCAUUCUACUCAAAACUGAGUGACAGAAGAUGGCCGUAUUGCAAUAGAUAUUGUAAAAUUGACAAUUUAUGCAAAACCGUUGUGACAGUCUUGUGGAAGCGUGAAAAGUGUGACGAACUACGGGAACUAUUCUUUUCGUUACAUAUAGAAUAA